AUGAUCCCUAGAAAUGGACGACUAAUAAUGAAAAGCAGGGCAUUGCCAUUGCGAACAUUUGUCUUAUUAAGAUCUUCUGCACAUAACACCCACUUUAAAAAUGUAUCAACAUUUGUUCCUACAAGAAAUUUGGGAUUCCUCAAGGUUCUAACUAGAGCAGUCAAAAUGCCUGCUUAUAUAGGAGGAACCAUGGCAGCCGGAGGUACUUAUGUUGCUUAUAAAGUUGAACAAGCAAGUAGCUACACACAAGACAAGUUAUCUGCUUUCAAGGAUUUCGCGGAUGGCGUUUUUGAUAAAACCGGCGAUUUCUUUAAAAACCUUGGUGGAACUGAUGGCGCAACAGGUGGCAAUGGUGCCGAAGAUGGGGCAUCAUCAGGUGGUGCUGGGGGAGGGGGAGGAGGCGGCGGUGGUGGAAAUGAUACUGCUACUGCGGUAGGAGCCACUGCAGCAGCAGUCGGUCUCACUUCCGAUGAAGAUGAAUCAACCGAAGCAGAAACAGAUAUUGAGGAAGAAGAUGAAGAAACAUUGAUUGAAGAUGACAGUGACGACGAUGAUGAUCUUGCAAAUGAUGAGACAGACGAUCAUAUGCUUAAUUUAACAAGACAAAUGAUUGAAAUAAGAAACCUUUUAUCCAGUUUAAACCACGAUGGAAUUAAAUUGCCUUCAAUUGUUGUUAUUGGGUCUCAAUCUAGUGGUAAAUCCUCAGUUUUGGAAAGUGUAGUGGGUCAAGAAUUUUUACCAAAAGGGUCCAAUAUGGUCACUAGAAGACCAAUCGAAUUAACAUUAGUUAAUACACCAGAAGCCGCUGCUAAUGUGGCAGAAUUCCCAGCAUUGAAGAUGUAUAACUUAACUGAUUUCCAGCAAGUGCAAAAGAUUUUAUUUGAUUUAAACAUGGCAGUUCCAGCAUCUGAAUGUAUUUCUAAUGACCCCAUUCAAGUUACCAUCAGAUCGCCAACAGUACCAGAUUUAUCAUUGGUCGAUUUACCGGGAUACAUUCAAGUUGAAGCCGCUGAUCAACCCAUAGAAUUGAAAACCAAAAUCAGGGAGUUAUGUAAUAGAUAUUUAGAACCACCUAAUGUUAUCUUGGCCAUAUCUGCAGCUGAUGUUGAUUUAGCAAAUUCUGCUGCAUUGAGAGCUUCAAGACUUGCUGAUCCAAGAGGAGAAAGAACCAUUGGGGUCGUUACAAAAUUGGACUUGGUCGAUCCGGAACAAGCACGUAAAAUAUUAUUGAACAAAAAAUACCCUUUGAAAUUAGGAUAUGUUGGUGUCAUAACAAAGGCUCCACACCCCAAGGCCAGCGCAAGUGGAUUAUUUUCCAGAAAACAAGUGACAGGGUAUCAGGCGUUUGUGGCACAACAGAAUUUUGAACAUACUUUCUUGAAAGAAAACAAAGAAGCGUUUUUUGGGUGUACAGUUGGUACGAGAAAUUUGAAGAAGAAGUUAAUGAAAGUGUUGGAAAAAACCAUGGCUGCUUCUUUAAGACCAACUCAUUUGGCAAUACAACAGGAAUUGGAAGAAACUUCAUACCAAUUUAAAGUUGAAUUUAAUGAUCGUCCAUUAACACCACAAAUGUAUUUGGCUAAUAAUAUCGAUAUGCUCAAGUUAGGAACUAAAGAUUUGAGUCAUAACUUUUCAAGAAAUGAAUUGAAAGCAAUCUUGAAAAAUGCAUUAGAUCAAAAAGUUUUGGACUUGAUGGCAGAAAGAUAUUGGAACAAGCCGUUUGAAUUGAAAGGAUCUUCCGUGGAACCUGAUUUGCGUGAAUUAACUCAAAUAAACAUUGAUAAUGAUAUUUACUGGCACAAAAAGUUGGACUUGACUACAUCAUCAUUAACUAAGCUUGGGGUUGGGAGAUUAUCAACAAAUUUGAUUACAAAUGCUUUGCUUACAGAAAUUGACAAUUUAGUGGACAAUACUCAAUUACGAAACCACCCUAUGGCAAAAUCUGCAGUACGCGAUGCAGCAAGAUCAGUUUUAGGAAAUAAAUAUUACUCCACUGCCGAUCAAGUUGAAAACUGUAUCAAACCAUACAAGUAUGAGAUUGAAUUGGAGGAUCGUGAAUGGCAAACAUCCAAAGAAAAUGCAGUUACUUUGUUGAAGGAAGAAAUGCGACAAUGUGAAGAAGUUUACCAUGAUUUAAAGAGUCAGGUUGGUGGAAGAAAAUUGCAACAAGUUGUGACUUACCUUGAGAAAUUAAAGCAACUGAACAACUCAGAUGUUGAUUUAACCACCAAUGAAACAUUAGGUUUUUCACCAACUUUAAUUCAACGUGGUAAAGAAGCGAUUUUCCUCAAAGAAAGAAUUUCGUUGUUAAAAAUGAGAUACCAGUUUGUCAAAAACUCUAAAAAAUGUAAAAAGAAGGAGAGUAAGUAUCAAUGUCCAGAAAUAUUCUUGGAUGCAGUGGCUUCAAAAAUAACUUCUACUUCAAUAUUGUUUUUAAACGUCGAGUUGUUGAGUGAUUUCUAUUACAACUUUCCUCGUGAAUUAGAUUUAAAAUUUUUCAAUAAUUUAAGUAAAGACGAAAUUGAAAAAUUUGCCAAAGAAGAUCCAAAGAUCAAAAAACAUAUUGAAUUACAAGAAAGAAAAGAUUUAUUGGAAAAUGCUUUAAGUAAAGUCGAAAGUGUCUUAGCUGUACAAAGAACUACCCAAAAGGAUAAUACAGAGGAUCGUAAUAAGAAAUCUGUUUUUGGCUGGUAA